UUUCCUGGGCACAGGGACCCCUGGAUGCCCCAUCCCACCUCUCCCAGUCCCUACACGCACCUUUCCUUGGCCCUGGGAUCCUCAAAUCCCCAAACUGGGCUCUCCCAGCUUUCCCAGUUCCCCCUUUCCUUGACCCAUGACCCCUCUGGACCCCCCAAAUCUCUGUGUCCCCCCAGUUCUCCACUCCCUGCGUUACCUGCAAGUGGCGGUGACAGAGCCCAGCCCGGGGAUCCCUCAGUUCAUGGAAAUUGGAUACCUGGAUGGGAUCCCCUUCAUUCGCUACGACAGUGAGCGGCACCGGACGGAGCCGCAGACGCCGUGGAUGGCGGCUGGACCUGAGCUGGGAUAUUGGGAUAGACAGACCCAGAACAGUGAGAGGAACCGGCUCGUGACUGCCGCCAACUUGGAGAUACUGCGGGACCGGUACAACUGGAGUGGGGGUCUCCAUACAUGGCAGCGAGUUUAUGGCUGUGACCUCCUGUCCGACAGGAGCGUCCGCAGAACCUUUCGGGACGGCUGCGACGGGCGAGAUUUCAUCUCCUUCUCCCCGGAGAGCGGGACCUUCGUGGCGGCCGAUGGAGCUGCCCAGAUCACCCAGAGGAAAUGGAAAUCUGAAGGGUAUGAGGAUCUUCAACAAGACCUGGGACUGAGAUGUGCAGAAUGGCUCCAGAAAUAUGUUGGAUACGGGCGGGAGGUGCUGGAGCGCAAAGAGCCCCCUGAUGUCCACGUGUCCGGGUACGAGGAACACGGGAUCCUGACGUUGUCCUGCCACGCGUACGGAUUCUAUCCCGGGAUCAUCGGGAUCAGCUGGAUGAAGGGGGAUGAAAUCUGGGAUCAGGAGACGGAGUGGGGUGGGAUCGUUCCCAACAGCGACGGCACCUUCCACAGCUGGGCCAGGAUCGAGGCGCUGCCGGGGGAGCGGGAGCAGUACCGGUGCCGGGUGGAGCACGCUGGAAUGCCGGAGCCCGGGAUCUUUGCCUGGGAGCCGGAAUCCAUCUGGAAUUCCACCCCGGUGUUGGUUGCUGUGUCCGUCAUCGCUGCCAUCAUCGUCAUCAUCGGCCUCAUCGCAGUCGGUGUCUGGAAGCUCCGAGCCGGGAAGAGGGAGGGCAAUGGAUACGACCCCACGCCCACCAGUGAGUACCAGCAGCGUGUGUGGAUCCAGAUCCUCCCUGCAGGGAUGCCAGGAUGGAUCCCGGGAUUCCAGGGGGGAAUCGGGGAGUUGAGAAAGGCCGAGUGUCACUUCAUCAACGGCACCGAGCGGCUGAGGCUGGUGGGGAGGCUCACCUACACCUGCCAGGUGGAGCACUUCCCCCCAGAGAUGCCACAGGACACCGUCCACAGCAAGAUCCUGGUGGGGGUCGGGGGUUUCAUGUUAGGUUUCGUCUUCCUGGCACUGGGGCUCGGCUUCUACCUGCGGGAGAAGCCAAUCAGAGCGCGUCCAAAACCCCCCAAAACGGCCCCGCCCGGCUGGUUUUGGGGUGUCAGCACCUGCUCGGCGCUGGGGAUGGAGCGUGUGCGGGGAGCUGGGGCCGUACUGGUGGUACUGGUGGUGCUGGGAGCCCCCCCGGCUGCGGGCGAGGAGCUCUCGGGGGUGUUCCAGAGUAUGAUAAAGACCGAGUGUCACUUCAUCAACGGCACCGAGCGGGUGAGGCUCCUGGGGAGGUUCAUCUACAACCGACAGCAGCUCGCCCACUUCGACAGCGAUGUGGGGGUCUUUGUGGGGGACACCCCGUUUGGGAAGAUCCAGGCCAGGCAGUGGAACAGCGACCAGGAAUAUCUGGAGGACAGACGGGCUUUGGUAGACACAUACUGCCGGCACAACUACAAGGUGUCCGCACCGUUCCUUGUGAACCUCAGAGUGCCCCCCAGCGUGUCCAUCUCGCUGGUGCCGACGAGCUCCCAGCCCGGCCCCACCCUGCUCUGCUCCGUGAUGGAUUUCUACCCUGCGGUGCAGGUGAGGUGGUUCCAGGAUGGGCAGGAGCUGCCGGAGCACGUAACGGCCACUGACGUGGUCCCCAACGGGGACUGGACCUACCAGGUGCUGGUGAUGCUGGAAAUCCCCCCCCGGCGCGGGGUCACCUACAUCUGCCAGGUGGAGCACGUCAGCCUGGAGCACCCCCUCAGCCGGCACUGGGAGAUGCCACAGGACACUGUCCAUACCAAGAUCCUGGUGGUUGUUGGGGGCUUCGUGUUGGGUUUCAUCUUCCUGGCGCUGGGGCUCGGCUUCUACCUGCGGGAGAAGCUCCUGAGCCGGCGGUGGCCGCAGCCCCUCCCCGUGGCCUCGGAUCCAGCCGGGACCCCCCAGUUCAUCCCCGCCCGGAAUUUGGGGGGGUCGUGUUUCCCCCCUGGCCCUGCUUUUGCUCUCACACCAACCGCCUGCUGCUCCCAGUGCUCCCAGUAA